AUAACCUCUACGAAUUAGGCGAUUAGCAAAUAAAAUUCUAUAACUGCUUACAAGAUACAAGAUUCCCCGACGCUUCUUCUCUUAAUAUUUCAUAGCUUCUGUCUAUCCGUAAAUUAAAUUUGCAAUGCAAUAACAGUACAUUUCUUUCUGCGAAUCGUGGAGCUCAAGUGGAUAUAGGAAUUGAUAGGCAUACACAUAUGCAUACACAUAUAAAGUUCCAAGACAAGAUAUACACGAGUCAAGCUCUACUAAAACCGGCCUACAUUACAGUACCUAAGGUAGGUUUCAUUAUAGGGGACGAAAACUGGCUUACUCAGUAACAAUACGGAAGGCCGCCGGAGCGGUUGUCAGCAACAUGCCCCACCGUCUACUGAAGAUAGCAACUUUCACUGCUUCUAACCCCGCAGCUCGCGUCUCGAUUAUAUCACGACACUUAUUAGGAGCUGCUCGAUCCCCUUCGAAUCCCAGUUUCCCAAGUAAUAUUUCUCCUCCAGCUCAGAGCCGUAGCUUUUCUUCGUCAUCUGCCAAAAUGUCAUCUCAACCCGAACACGCUACUCUACUCAUCCCCGGUCCCAUUGAGUUCGACGAUGCCGUAUUACAGUCCAUGAGCCAUUACAGCGAGUCGCAUGUCGGUCCAGGUUUCGUUGCUACGUUUGGCGAGGCAUUGUCGAUGCUGCGCAAGCUCUUCCAGACCACCGACCCAUCUUCACAACCUUUUGUCAUCUCGGGAUCCGGCACGCUUGGUUGGGAUCUAGUAGCAGCAAAUCUUGUCGAACCCGGCGGAGAUGUCCUAGUUCUCAGCUCCGGUUACUUCAGCGAUGGUUUCGCCGACUGUCUUACAGUCUACGGCGCAAAAGUCGAUCUUCUAAAAGCCCCCGUUGGCAGUCGGCCGCAAUUGCCCGAAAUCGAGCAAGCAUUGAAGAGCAAGAAGUACAAGGUUGUCACAGUAACACAUGUCGACACAUCGACAGGUGUACUGAGCGAACUGCAGAAGCUUUCCGAGACGGUUCAGAGAGUGUCACCUGACACGUUACUUAUCGUGGAUGGCGUGUGCAGUGUAGCUAGCGAAGAGAUUGAUUUCGAUGCGUGGAAGCUAGACGGCGUAAUAACAGCAAGCCAAAAGGCUAUCGGCUGCCCCGCGGGCUUGUCCAUAUCGAUGUUCAGCGGCAAGGCGAUCGACGCCUUCAAGGCGAGAAAGAGCCCACCGGCAUCAUACUUUGCUUCGAUGAAGAACUGGACACCUAUUAUGCAAAACUACGAAGCAAAGAAGCCUUCGUACUUUGCAACCCCAUCGCCGCAACUUAUCCACGCCCUACACACAGCACUAACCCAGAUACUCACCAAGCCCCUCGCCGAAAGGUUUGCUAGGCACCGAGAGGUAUCCGACAAGAUCAAGAAUACCGUGGCAGAGCUGGGUUUGAAACAAGUCGCGGCCAACCCGGAAGACCAGGCCCACGGUAUGACGGCCAUCUACCUACCCGAAAGUGUUAAGGCCACCGAUCUACUCCCAAAGCUUGCCAAGAGUGGCGUUGUCUUCGCCGGUGGUAUCCAUAAGGAAAUUGCCGCCAAAUAUGUACGCUUCGGACACAUGGGUGUUAGUGUGACCGAUCCUGCGAGAACAGAUAUUGAUAAGGCGAUAACUGCGCUGAAGAGUGGGCUUGCUGACUGCGGGUAUCAAAAAGCAUAAAACUCCACAUACGCCGUUCGGGACCGUCUAGGAGGUUCGAAUCCGGUGCGCCAAGGUAACCCGUAUUUCCCAUGAUAAUCAUUUUCGGAGAAAAUGUUGGUCGGUUAGAGAACGGAUAUUGUAUCGUAUGCUCCAAUUUAGGCCGCAUGAUUAAAAAAAGAAAAAGGACACGGUGUAACUAUUUCAUGAAGAAAGGGACAGACUAGAGGUGCCACUGCGCGGGGAAUGGCAAGAAAAAAAAAGGUCGGUUUAAGGAAGCAUCGGAGAUGGGCUUUGCUCUAUUCGAUUAAAUUGCAUGAUUUUUCUUCGGCCACGUCACAUCCGUCUGCCUUAUUCUCCGUCUUUCUCGCCUGGUCGUAUAGGAGAAGCUGGAGCCUGUCAUUUAUCAUCGGGAACUUACGUCAAGUUGCUGCAACAUCAGCAGCGAAGUAGAGAGCCCGAAGAGUCUAGUUUCCACCAUAUGCUAGAAGUAGUCGUCUCCCUUUAUCUAGAAAAAAGAAGAUGGUGGCCGUGUUUACAGUAAAUUAGAAAGGGUUGACAAUGGUAAUAAAAACCCCGGAGGCUCGGGAGUAGUCUUUAAAGCCCGGUACCGUUAUCCCGGAACAAUGGGUCCCGGUACGUAAUAUUAGGUACAUUAUUACCAGGUACGCUAUUACCAAGCCCAUAUAAUAAGCAAUUAUCAGCAUUUCUU